AUGAGAGACUACAAACUAGUGGUGCUGGGUGCCGGUGGUGUGGGCAAGUCAUGUUUGACUGUGCAGUUUGUCCAGGGAGUAUACUUGGACACUUACGAUCCAACUAUCGAAGAUUCAUACCGAAAGACCAUGGAGAUCGAUAACAAGGUUUUUGACCUAGAGAUCUUAGACACCGCGGGUGUUGCCCAGUUUACCGCAAUGAGGGAGCUUUACAUAAAAUCAGGCAUGGGUUUCUUGCUUGUUUAUUCAGUCACCGAUCGCCAGUCGCUUGAGGAGCUGAUAGAACUACGCGAACAGGUGCUAAGGAUCAAGGAUUCGACGCGUGUGCCAAUGGUGCUGGUAGGCAAUAAGGCAGACUUGCAAGACGAACGUGUUAUCUCUGUUGAAGAGGGUAUCGAGAUGAGUAGUAACUGGGGUAAGGUACCCUUUUAUGAGACCAGCGCAUUACUCAGGAGUAAUGUGGAUGAGGUGUUUGUGGAUGCCGUUAGGCAAAUCAUAAGGAAUGAGAUUGAGGCGCAAAACUCAAGCACUGCUGCCCUAGGGCAUAUGUCUAGGAAAAACACCGGCCUAGGUGCAGCCUCUGCUAAUGCUGCGGACCCCUCCGCUGCCCAGGACACUCCCAAAAAGCAGGUUACACUGAAUAGACCAGCAACAGCUAAGCAGGCUCCGGGCAAGCCCAGCACAAAGCGCAAGACUAAGAAGACCAAAACGUCCUGCGUAAUUCUUUGA